AUGAAGUACUAUGCAUUCCGUCGCCAACCGUUUAAGGCACUGUACACGGCAGGCUCAAUUCUCGCGCUGAUUUUCGUACGGUUACCGUUCUGGGCGAUCGCCUACCUCGCACCAGGUCUACGUCCGCGGCGCAAUUGGUCUAUUGGACGGUGUCUGAUUGUGCUCAUAUGUCAAAGCUAUUCCAGUAUGCUCUUUGCCACCGAAGUCCCUGUCACUCAGCCCAUUGAUCAUGCUCCAUUGGAGGAAAACGACCAGGGCUUCGUAUGGAUUGAGCCUGUAUUCGGCUCUCUCAUUGUUGGCGAGAUCAAGGACAUGGCAGAGGUGAACGGCGUCGAAGCAGUGAGGGUAGGAGGAUAUUGGAUUGGGCCUCGAGGAAGGACCAUGCGUGCUGGCGAGCACGCCUUGCAAGACGAGAAGGUCAUUUAUCACAUUCACGGUGGCGCAUACUUUUCAUGGUCAGCAUCGCCAUCGUUUAUUUUCAUGAAGACAUGCUACGCCGGGUUUCUAGAACACUUUCCCGACGGCCCGCGCAUCUUCUCUCUCGAGUACCGACUCUCCUCGGCUCCUCCUUCGUCGCCCGUAUCCAACCCAUGUCCGGCCGCUAUCAUUGACGCAGUGGCGGGAUAUCGGUACCUCGUGCAGGAGCUAGGGUUCAAGCCCCAAAACAUCAUCCUCAGCGGCGACUCGGCCGGAGGAAACAUUGCCCUAUGUCUCGCGCUCUAUCUCGCCCGCUCCGCUCUCCCCGGUUUACCCCCGCCCAGAGCGCUUCUCCUCUUAUCUCCUGCUGCCGACUGGGGAAACACGCAUCUUGGCCCGGGUAGCUCUCUGCUACAGAACGCAACAACGGACUACAUACAGCAUGCAUUCCUAAGCAACUACACUGCUCGUGCGCUCGUGGGAAACCUCCCGCUCGAGACGGCAGCGACGAGCGUGUGGAUAUCGCCCGCCUCUCUGAAGCUCGAAUUCGUGCCUGGUUUAUUUGCAGGCCUGCCACGCACGUGCAUCUUUGUCGGUCAGGCGGAACUGGCUCUAGACCAGGCGCGCACGCUGCGAGAACGAAUUCAGGCAGACAACGGCGAAGACGCAGUGAACUAUAUGGAGUGGGCGGAUGUGACCCAUGAUGCAGUCUGCAUGCCGUGGCACGAGCCGGAGAGAACGAAGGCGCUGCGCGAAAUUGCCAAGUGGCUACAGAGUAUUUAACGCAUUCACGCCUCAUAUCUGUAAGCAACGCUUCUCCAGAAUAUUUUCUAAGGGAAGGCGCAAACAUCUCGAACACAUCCUGCUGGCUCGCUCGUGGUCAAAGACGAAGGCGAAAGCGAGAGCAUUUUCAUAUUUCUACAGUUGCGUUUCGAGCGGCUGUUGAACAGCAAUGACGAUGAUACAUAGGUAAGGGAGUAGUUGUACGGUAGAGGCCACUCUUUAUAGGUGUCAGAGACUAUACAUGAUUUACAU